AUGGCCGACCUCAAAGAGCCACCCGGACCAACGUCACCAUCACCACCACCACCACCACCACCACCACCGACAACAACAACAACCACCACCACGCGUGCCCUUCGCGGCGCCUCCCUCCUCAUCCUCCUGCAAAUCCUCUCCCGCGCCCUGACCUUCAUCGCCAACCAAAUCCUACUACGCUUCCUAACCGCCUCUUUGCUAGGCGUCUCCACCCAAUUAGAAGUAUACUACCUCUCCGUCAUCUUCUUCGCUCGGGAAUCCCUCAGGGUAGCCAUCCAGCGCCAAGACACCACCACUUUAUCCGCCUCUCUUCCAUCCUCCUCCUCCUCCUCCACCUCAUCUGAAUCCGCCAAAGAUAGGAAAGAUGGCAAAUCUGAAGAUGGAAAAGAUGCUGCUGCAGCUGCCACACAAGCAGUAAUCAACCUCUCCCACCUCUCCCUUCUCCUCUCUUUACCCCUGUCCUUCCUCUUCGGCCGUGUCUACCUCUCCUCCCUCUCUCUUUCCACCCUCCAAUCCACUCCCUAUCUGGUACCCAGUCUGUAUCUGUACGGUCUCGCUGCCAUUUUAGAGUUGCUAUCCGAGCCCUGCUUCGCCGUGAUGCAGAUCCGCUUCCAGUUCGGCGUGCGCGCCGCGGCCGAGAGCGUGGCUACCUUUUUGCGGUGCGCCGUCACCUUGGGGAUAGCGGUCUGGGGGGCGCGAACGGGACGGGAGAUGGGGACGUUGCCGUUUGCCGUUGGGCAGUGUGUCUACGCGGUGGGGUUGUUGGCGGUUUAUUUGUGGAAGGGGUGGAGACUUUCGGGAAGGGAAGGGUUCUCGCUGUGGCCGAGGCGGUUGUUAUUGUCUGGAGGUGAGAAACAGCAGCGGAAGGAUGGCAAAGGGAACGGAGGAGGAGGAGGAGGAAAGAAACAGGAUUUGUUCGUCCUAGGAUACUUCUACCGCCCUACCCUCGACCUAGCCUCCAGCAUGAUGGCCCAAAGCGUCGUCAAACACAUCCUCACUCAAGGCGACACUUUUCUCGUCAGCAUCUUGUCUACGCCCACGGCACAGGGGGUCUACGCUUUGGCGAAUAACUAUGGUGGUUUGUUAGCCAGAUUGGUAUUCCAGCCGAUAGAAGAGAGCAGUAGGAGUUACUUUAGUCGGUUAUUGGCUGAUUCUGCCCCUUCCCCUUCACCCUCUUCCCCUUCUUCCUCCCCGUCCCUUUCCUCCUCCAAACUCCCCUCUCCCAAGACCCCCUCCUCCAAACCCUCCUCAACAGCCCUCCACCAAGCCUCUUCCUCACUCACCACCCUCCUAAAAUCCUACCUCCUCCUCUCCCUCCCUCUCCUGGUCUUUGGCCCCCCCGCCUCUUCCCCCCUUUUGACUCUCAUCGCCGGCCGCCGCUGGACCUCUUCGUCGUCCUCCUCCUCUUCCACCACCACCACAGUCCCGGUCGACAGCGCCCCCGCCACCCUAUCCCUCUACAUGUACUACAUCCCCCUGCUGGCGCUCAACGGGAUCCUUGAAGCUUUUGUCUCGUCCGUGGCGUCCGAAGCACAAGUCCAUCGACAAUCGCUGUUCAUGACGGCUUUUUCGCUUGUGUUUGCGGGAACGGGGUACUUGACGCUCAAGGUGUGGGGGAUGGGCGCGAGGGGGCUGGUGGUGGCGAAUGCGGUGAAUAUGGCGUGUCGGAUUGCGUGGUGUUGGGGGUUUGUUGGGCGGUGGUUUGCUGAACGGACUGGUGGGGAGAAAGGGGAGAAGGAGGAUGAGAAAGAAAAAGAAAAUGUGAGGUUCGGAGUGUUGGACGUCUUGCCUAAGCCUGGAGCGGUGGCGGCUGCGGUUGUGGCUAGGAGUGUUGUUGGACGGGUUGUGGGAGCUGGUCAGCAGAAGGUGGUGAUGGGUGCCAAAGAGGCGGUUUGGGAGUUGUUCGAGAUUGCGGGAGUGGCGGUGCCUUUUGUUGUUGCUGUGUGA